GUUUAUUCUGUCUCUCUCUUUCUCUUUCUCUCUCUUUCUCUUUUGUGCUUGAUAGAUUCUACAAAGCAAGGGUUUUUGCAUCUAGUUCCCUUGAUUAAGAUUCAUCUUCUUGAUCUCUUGUUCGUGCUUAUACAGAUUAACCAAAAUCUAAAUUCUAGGUUUGGUCUAAUUUAAUUCCAAUUCCAUUUCCAAUACUAAGCUAGAUAGCUAAGCUCGUUUUUGCUUUAAUUUUGCGUUUGAAGAGAUUGUUAAUCUGGCUAAUCCGUGGUGGACCAAUCAGUUGGGACUGCCGGUCAUGGACCUGGCAGCCAACUCCUCUUCUCUACUCUCCAACAAACGAUCGGACGGCCACGAUCUCUCCAUCAACGAGAGCAGCGGCGGAAGCGGCAGUGCCGGCGGCCGAGGCGAUAACGACGACGACGACAGAGACCAAGACGACGAGCCCAAGGAGGGAGCGGUCGAAAUUGGCAACCGGAGACCGAGAGGCCGGCCUCCGGGAUCCAAGAACAAGCCGAAGCCGCCGAUAUUCGUCACCCGGGACAGCCCCAACGCCCUCCGCAGCCACGUCAUGGAGGUCGCCGGCGGCGCCGACGUAGCGGAGAGCGUCGCGCAGUUCGCCCGCAGGCGCCAGCGCGGCGUCUGCGUGCUAAGCGGCAGCGGCUCCGUCGCCAACGUCACCCUCCGCCAGCCUUCCGCCCCCGGCGCGGUCGUCGCCCUCCACGGCCGGUUUGAAAUUCUCUCCUUAACCGGCGCGUUCCUCCCCGGACCGGCUCCGCCCGGGUCGACCGGCCUCACGGUUUACCUAGCCGGGGGCCAGGGCCAGGUCGUGGGAGGGAGCGUCGUCGGGUCCCUCGUCGCGGCGGGACCGGUCAUGGUCAUCGCCGCCACAUUCGCCAACGCGACCUACGAGAGAUUGCCGCUCGACGAUGACGAGGAAGCGGGAAGUGGCGGCGGAGGACAUGGUGGUGGCGGCGGCUCGGGAGGCUCUCCGAAUGCUAUAGGAGGCGGCCCCGGGGGACAAUUGCACCCGCCGGGGCUACCGGAUCCCUCGGCGCUGCCGGUGUACAAUCUGCCGCCGAAUCUUGUCCCCAACGGAGGCCAUCAACUUGGGCAUGAGCCCUAUGCUUGGACUCAUGCAAGACCACCUUACUGAUCAAUGAUGAUAAAAUUGAUCAAAGUGAUCAUCAUAAUGGUAAUAAUAGGGUUUGGGGGAUUUAGUUGUGAUCAAGAUCAAUCUGUUUUAUAUUUGUUGUAUUCUGAAAAGCAAACACAGAGUGAGAGAGUUUGGGAAAAGAGAUGUUAGAGAGAAUCUGAACAAGAGACAACAAUUAGUGUUGUUUUUCUUAUAGCUAAUAUUAUAGAUCAUGCAAUGUAAAUUACAGAGAGAGCUUUGUUUUUCCCCUUGCCUUGCUUCUUAAUGUUUCCCUUUUAAACUUGCAAUAAAAAGAGAUU